AUGCCUGAUGCGCCCAAAGGGAAGAUGUCCACAGGAAUCUUCUUUCAAGGUUUUUCUUCAGAAAGAGAUUUUGAAGAGUAUGUUGACUAUAAGAAUAACUCUGAAAGAAUGCUGGCUGCUAUUAUUUUUGAUCACAACUUCAGAAAUAGCUACGAUCCCUUGCCGAUUAAGGUAAAAUAUUAUCUUCGUUUAAGUAGUUUCGACAGGAUGAAGGUGGUGGUAGAAAGUUAUAUUCAUUAUAAAAGCUGGAGAACAGCUUAUCUCUUUCCAACAGUUCCUUCUCUAAGACCGAGAAACUUUUUGGACAAGACUGGGGGAGAACCUGGGUACAUCACCGAAGGGUUCCUCCUCUUGCAGCAUUCCGUGGACAAGGCCAUCAUGUUCUAUCAUAACAACGUUGCGGCAAAAAAUCUAUUAGAUGAUAUCGACGUUUUAAUUCAGCGAUUUCCAUACCCAGAGUACCGGGAUGACAUGUUCUUUAAAUAUUCUAGUUUCUUCAUCCCUUUAGUAAUCCUGUUUAUGUUCUCUAUGAAUCAUUUUACCCUCAUUCAAUCCAUUGUGUGGGAAAAAGAAAACAGAUUGAAGGAAUACCAGCUCAUGAUAGGACUCAGUAAUUGGAUGCUGUGGGCUGCCUAUUUCAUCACAUUCAUCAUUUUGUAUUUAAUUACCAUCUUGUUCCUGUGCUUAAUAUUCUUCAUCAAGAUUCAUCCUGCUCCAGUUCUCCAAAAAAGUGACCCAUCUCUCAUCUUUGUCUUUUUGCUGUGUUUUGCCAUUGCAUCAAUAUUCUUCAGCUUUAUGGUUAGCACAUUCUUCAAUAAAGCAAAUUAUGCUGUUUCUCUUGGAGGAUUCCUAUAUUUUGCCAGCUACUUUCCAUCUAACAUCGUCUUUCAAAGCUAUGCAAAGAUGUCCCUCUUUCAGAAGCUGAUUUCCAGUCUCUGCUCAAAUAUUGCAAUGGCAAUUGGGACUCAGCAACUAGUAUGGGCAGAAACAAAACAUACUGGAAUUAAGUGGAGUAACAUUUUGUCGUCAACAAAACUGGAUAAUUUUGCCUUUGCCUAUAUACUGGGAAUGCUUUUAUUUGAUGCGUUCUUGUAUGGUCUUGUGACCUGGUAUAUAGAAGCUGUUUUUCCUGGAGAGUAUGGUUUGCCCAAGCCAUGGAACUUUUUCUUGAUGCACUCUUACUGGUUUGGGGAAGCAACUGAGAAAAAUAAAGAAAGAGUAAAACUUUAUGAGAAAAUUCACAGCAAGUAUUUUGAGGCGGAACCUACUAAUUUGGUGGCAGGUAUCGAGAUCAAACAUUUGUCCAAGGCAUUCAGUGUGUACAACACUACGAGACUCGCUGUGAAAGACUUAUCUCUGAACUUGUAUGAGGGACAGAUAACUGUUCUUCUAGGCCACAGCGGAGCAGGAAAGUCCACCAUUCUCUCUAUGCUGUCAGGUCUCUAUCCUCCUACCAGUGGGGAAGCCUAUAUUAAUGGAUAUGACACCUCAAAGGACAUGGUCCAAAUCAGGAAAAGCUUGGGCUUGUGUCCCCAGCAGGAUCUGUUGUUUAAUCACUUGACCGUAUCAGAACAUCUUUUUUUUUAUUGUGUGAUAAAAGGCAUACCCAGCAAGCUGCGUGCUGUGGAGAUUGAGCAUAUGCUGACUGCUUUUAACCUACUGGAAAAGCGUCACACCUUUUCCCAGUCACUGAGUGGAGGAAUGAAGCGCAAACUCUGCAUCAUUAUAGCACUUAUAGGGGGCUCCAAGGUGGUGAUACUUGAUGAGCCAACAUCUGGCAUGGACCCAAUUUCAAGGCGGGUCACAUGGGAUCUCCUUCAGCACUACAAACAGGAUCGUACUAUCUUACUGACCACCCACUUUAUGGAUGAAGCGGACAUCCUGGGUGACCGCAUUGCCAUCCUAGUCCGGGGAACCCUGCAGUGCUGUGGCUCUUCGAUCUUCCUGAAGCAAAUCUACGGUGUGGGAUACCACAUAGUCAUGGUAAAGGAACCUCACUGUAAGGUUGAAGCAGUAACCCAAUUGAUUAAUUACUAUAUACCAACAGCUACUUUGGAGAACAGUGUUGGAGGUGAAUUGUCAUUUAUUCUACCCAAAGAGUACACACACAGGUUUGAAAUUUUGUUUACUGAUCUGGAAGAAAGACAGGAAGAGCUGGGCAUCACUAGUUUUGGUGCCUCUGUCACUACCAUGGAAGAAGUCUUCCUUAAGGUCACUAAUGAGACAGAAUCGCAAGAUAGGCACAAUAUCCAGUCUCCCUCCUGGACUAAUGAAGCCCUUAACAAGAACCAGAAUGUGAAUGCUUCCACAUCUUUUGAGACAGUAGAUUGUUGCAGCCCUUCUGAAAGCUCCUCUCCUGUUAAAUUUAAUACUGGGUGGCCCCUCUACCACCAGCAGUUCCUGGCCAUGUUCCUAAAGAGGGUGAUGUUCAGCUAUCGAAACUGGAAACUGUUAUUACUCCAGAUACUGGGACUUCUAGGUGUCCUUACCUUUCUCUUAAAAGUUGAUGACUUUUCAAGGGACACUAAGGAGAUCACCAGAAAAAUGGAUUUGGGUCAAUAUGGCCAAACUAUUGUGCCUGUAUUUGUUUCCGGGAAUUCUAGUUUGAUUGUGAAUCUCAUGAAACACCUUGAGAGAAUGCUGAGUUCUGAAAACCACAUCCUUCGGAAAGUGCAAGGGGAUCUGCUGAAUUACUUGGUGGAAAAUAAAGACUGUGUUUCCUUAUGCAUUGCUGCACUCUCCAUUGAGGAGAAAGCAAACAAAACAGUGUUUACUGUUCUUUUCAACAAUGAAGCAUACCACUCACCAUCCACAUCCCUGGCAGUGUUAGACAACAUUCUCUUCAAGUCACUUUCUGGGCCUGGAGCUUCCUUAACAGUGUACAAUAAACCUCAGCCAUUCCAUGAUAUUGAAGGCAUCCUAACCAAGUAUGUUAUGAAUUUAGAUGGGGGCAGCGUGUCCUUGAAUGUGCAUUUUGGCAUGGCUCUUUUGAUUAGUGGGUUUUGCCUCCUGACAGUGACUGAGAGAGUCACAAAGGUAAAGCACAUCCAGCUUGUGAGUGGGAUCUAUGUCGUUAUAUACUGGCUUACUGCUCUCUUGUGGGAUUACAUCAUCUUCUUAAUAUCCUGCUGCUUACUACUGGGUGUGUUAAAAUACUGUGAAAUAGAAGUGUUUGUCAUGGAAGAUCAUUUCCUGGACACGAUGUUUAUCUUCGUGCUGUAUGGCUGGUGUGCCAUUCCCUUCACGUACCUGAUGAGUUUUCUGUUCUCUGAAAGUACUAAUGCCUACAUCAAGCUUGUACUAUUCAACUACUUUUCAGGAAUUUUCAGUCUCCUCAUAGACAUCACAAUUCAAAGCACAUUUGAAUCGAAAAUUUCAAAUAGCACCAGAAACUUCAUACUAAAUACAUUGCUGCUGUUUCCCAAUUACAACCUCGCGAAGGCUCUUGAGAAUUACUCUUACGUCUACCGGGAGAAGACAUUGUGCCAUAUCCUAAAACACCCUCCUCCAAACAUAAAUUGUAAACAAAGUAAGUAUCUUAAGAAUGUUUAUUCUUUCAAAGAGGGUAUGAUUGGAAAGUAUGUGAUUAUAAUGGCUAGUCUAGGUUUUGGGUUUUUCUUCUUAAUUUUCCUUUGGGAGACAACUUUGUGGAAACUAAGAACAUUUUUCUAUCAAUACAUAUACUUUGGUGUCUACUCCAAAUUCAACAAGAAUAUAGUUUCGGAUCAAUUAUCUGGGGAAUCUAAUGAUGAAGAUGUGGAAAAGGAAAGGAAGAGAAUCCUGGAGAUGCCUCCAGAGGUGCUGGAUUCCACAGUGCUUAUUAAGGAACUCAUAAAGAUAUAUUUUAAAUGUCCAGCCAUUUUGGCUGUUAAAAAUAUCUCCCUUUCAAUAAAAAAAGGGGAGUGCUUUGGAUUGCUUGGAUUCAAUGGAGCAGGAAAAACCACUACCUUCCAGAUGCUGACUGGGGAAACGAUUGCAACCUCUGGGGAUGUGUUCAUUGAUGGCUUUAGCAUCAGUAAAAAUAUCCAAAAGGUGAGAUCAAGAAUUGGCUAUUGUCCUCAAACUGAUGCCUUGUUGGACUACAUGACUGGUAGAGAAAUAAUGAUCAUGUAUGCCAGAAUAUGGGGGAUCUCUGAGCCCCAGAUUCCCCUCUAUGUGAGCAACUGGUUGAACUCAUUACAACUGGACCCCAUUGCUGACAAGCCUAUGUACACUUACAGUGGAGGAAGCAAACGUAGACUAAGUGCUGCUAUUUCAUUAAUGGGGAAGCCCUCGGUCAUCUUCAUGGAUGAGCCAUCAAGUGGCAUGGACCCAGUAGCUCGGCGCCUGCUCUGGAACCUGGUAACACAGAAACGUGAAAGUGGCAAAGCCAUCAUUAUAACCUCCCACAGUAUGGAGGAAUGUGAAGCCCUUUGUACCAGGCUGACCAUUAUGGUGAAUGGCAAGUUCGUGUGCUUGGGCAGCCCUCAGCACCUCAAGAACAAGUUUGGCCAGGUUUACAUCCUGAAGGCCAAGAUCAAGCCUGAUACAGGUGAAGACAAAUUAGAAGAUUUUAAAACUUUCAUCUCAACAACCUUUCCAGGGAGUAUCAUUAAGCAGGAAAAUCAAAGGGUGGUUAACUACUACAUUCCUAGCAAGGACAAUAGCUGGGCAAAGGUGUUUGGUUAUUUGGAAACAGCAAAAGAGAAAUUCGGUUUAGAAGACUAUUCCAUCAGCCAGAUAACAUUGGAACAAGUCUUCCUGACCUUUGCUAACCCAGAUAACACGGAUGUUAAUAUAUAA